AUGGCCGGCAUUGUCGACGCCAUUGGAAUCGUCUCGGGUCUGCUGGGAAUCGUAGGCUUUGCACAAGAUAACUUCGUUUCCGAGCCCAAGCCAGGCUCAACCUUCAACGUUGCCGUUGCCCUCGACGGCCCGGGCGGGACUACAAAUGCCGGAGGAGACCUACCGGACAUCCGUGUUUGGAACGACCUUGGAAAGUUCGUCGGCAUGACCGCAGACCCCGGCUCGGUGGACGACGGAAACGUUGGCCAGGCCCACGUCGAGCACGACAACCAGGGCGUGUACUCGCUGUUCUCGGCCAACGACGACGCCAUCUGCGUAGCCUGGGUCACAUCCACCUGGAGCGAUGAGCACGGGGGCAACAAAUACGCCGUCUCGGGCGACUAUGGAUGGGCGUGUGGUGGUUCCUGGUACGAAAGCCACAUGUACACCAACAGCGACAAGUCCUAUCAGCCGAAAUGUUUCUGGAUCGAUGCCGAUGGCGACCAGCCACAGACUGGAUUCCAGGUCCGCUGGCCUUCGUACUCCAAGGAUGUCUAUGAUCCGGAUAAUAGAGACCCGCAGCAGUUCUGUAACGGCAUUGACUUCGGCCUGCGCACCGAGAAAGACCCUAACACCGUCAACUACUACACGUCCAGCAAGCGCAAGAGGAACCGCCGGCUUCGAGUGCUCCAGCCGCGAGAACGCGUGUCGUGGGCGGCGUCGCAGCUUGUCAUCAGUGAUUCCAGUUCUCACUCUGCCCGCGACCUGUGCGGGUCGGAAACGUCCAUGGGCCCGGAUUUUGCUCAUGUUCGCGAGAAGCUCUUUUGCGAUAUGGGUUCGAAGAUCCUCUAUCCCUUCUGCGGCGCUGACCAGGCCGAAGACGGAUGCUUUGACUUUGAGUCCCGGAGGCUCACUGGUUCAAGGAACGGGACUUCUCGAGUCGCUUCGCUCACUGCUGGGCCUUAUACUCGAGUUCGCGACUGGCGGGGCAGUUAA